CAUGUUGUGAGCUGCAGUACCAAGUUGAAAUCUCAGAGUUUCGUUUCAUUUACAGAGUUUUUGCAUUCCAAAGAGAGUAUUAAAUUUACUGAUCAUGGACCAAUCCCAGAACGCAAGUCACGAAGCUGGGCAGGCCAAGUGCCAAGCUCAGGAAAAGGCGAGCGGUCUGAUGGAAAAGGCUGGCAAUACUGCUCAAAGUGCCAAGGAAUCAUGCCAAGAGGCUACUCAGCAGAUGAAGGACAAGGCACAAGGGGCGACUGAUGCAGCUAAGAGUGCAGUAGGAGCGAACAAAUGAAACUAAUAAUCUAUCUAGGAGCUCAUCGAUCGAUCCAGCCCUCCGCAAAUAAAAUCUCAUGCCAUAUAUUGACUUCACUUCCAUUUUCUUUCUCUUCGCACUUUCUUUUGAUCUUGUUGUCAAUGAUGUGGUUGUUAAUUUGUCCUUUAAAUUAGGAAGGGAGCUCUUUUAUAGAGUGUUUUGGAGAAGUUCAUGCACAUUAAUGUUUCCUGAUCGAUGUGUUGUAUUAGCAGUUCGAAAUUCCUAUCUAUUGCAAUAAAAAAUAGACAACAUUACAAUCCAAUUGCAAA